UUUAUUAAAACAGUGUUAUCAUGUUUGCUGUACCGAGCGGUUCUUUCAUUUAAAAAUAUAUUCUCGCAAAUCCAGAUUGUUAUUGGCUAACAGGAAUAGUUAAUUUAGACAUAUGUAUUCUAUUGUGAUUUUAAUGAGGUACCAUCUUUAAUAUGGAAGUACUCGGACAACUCUGAAGAUGUAUUUGAAACAGUAAACAACUGAACAUUAAAAGAAUAAUAAUUGUUAAUUAGUGGAAACACGUGUUAUCGUCAUGCAAGCUGGAAAUUAUAAAAAUGGUUCCUCUAACGAUCGUCGUACUGAUGUUAGGAACAUUCAUAAGAGUAAGAGGAGAUCAAUGCAAGGAUGUCGAUCAUAGCAAGUGCAUCUGUUAUCUGGAAGCUGCAGAUUACGAAUAUAAGUGCCCACCUUCUUCACAAAAUUAUUUAAUCCAUGCCAAACCUGACGAUUAUUUGCAGAUUGAUUGCUAUGACGUAAAAAAAUUUGAUACUGAGCGAUUGCCCAAUUAUGUUGCCGGAAAUACAACGGACAUUAGAAUCAGAUCUUGUCCUUGGCCAGAGGGCAAUUUCCAAGCUCUAUUAAAAAAGUUUGGGAUUACAGUAGUCGAUACUUUAUAUUUUGAUGAACUCUUCUUGCCACCAAAUUCUUCAGCACAUAUUGUUUCAAAAGAUAUCUUUAAAGGACUAACUCACUUAAGGGUUUUAACCCUAGAUCACGUAUCAAAUAAGCUAGCUGAUGAUUUACUUGCAGAUCUUCCAGAAUUAUCCGAAUUUUUUUUAAAAAGGAGUAACGGAACAAAAGAAUUACCUAAUUUUUAUAUACCUUCAUCGGUAGAGAAAUUACAUAUUGUAGACAACCAGUUUACCAAAGUGCCUAAAAAUGUUUUUCAGAAUUUAACUGGCUUAACACAACUCCAUUUGUGGAGAAAUGAUAUUACCAGAAUCAGAAUGGAUGACUUUAAAGUGCUAAAACGACUAGGUUCUUUGGAACUGAGCAUCAAUUCCAUCAGUGAUAUAGAAGAAGACAGUUUUGCAGAUCUCACCGAACUUAAAACUAUAAAUCUGGGAUAUAACAAGCUACAUAACCUUCAUCCAUUGAUUUUUAAACAUAACACAAAAUUGACCAGUAUCCGAUUGGAACAUAAUCCGUUCUUGAUUCUACCAGAACGCAUAUUUGCAGGUUUUCCAGAACUAUUCUAUAUUAGAAUAACGGAUACCGGUACUGUUGUUCUUAAUGAAGAUAUUUUUGAAAAUUCGUCUCAAAUAACUGAACUGCAUAUAGAUGAAAACAAAAUUCAAGAGUUAUCACCUAAUGUAUUCAUGGGCUUAAAGGAACUGAAGACAUUAAAUUUAAGUAGAAAUCAAAUCAAGUCUCUGCCUGAUAAUUUAUUUUUAGAUUUAGUAGCGCUAAAUGAGCUCUAUCUUGACUUUAAUGGCAUUACUAAUAUUUCCAAGGAAUUAUUUUCGAGAACAAAAAAAUUAGAGACACUCAGUAUAACACAUAAUAAUCUAACGUAUAUCGAUACAGGUGCAUUUGUUCAAUUGAACCAACUGAAAACGUUGGAUUUGUCAUACAAUCAGUUGAUUGUAUUCGAUAUAUUCGAUGUGUCUAUUUCUGCUUUGCUCUCACUAGAAAAACUCAAUUUAAGGAAAAACCAAAUUAGAGAUUUUCCCGAUCUUGGGUCUUUACAAUACCUUCAGAAAGUAGAUGUGAGUUUUAAUCAACUGCAAACUCUUAAGGUUGAAGAUCUUGUUGUGAUCCCCAAGCAAUCGCUACGUUUCGUUGAUUUACAAAACAACAAAAUCGGAGAAGUAGAUUUUGGUAUAUUGAAUAGAACGAAGAGUAAUAUUGAAUUACAAUUCCAAUACGGUUCUUCCAAUAAUAUAUACCCUCAAAUAAAAGUAGAUUUGAGAAAGAAUCCUAUAAUAUGUGACUGCUUAGUCUACAAUUUAGUUCGAUAUUAUCAAAAUGACAUGGAUCCAGUGGUACGCUCACGAAUAGAUCUCAACAUAGAUGGAAUUGUUUGUGACAAAUCUACCUUACUCCAAGACGUACUGGUGUCUGACCUUAAACCAGAUGAUAUAUCGUGUGUUAGCACUUAUGAGAACAUAAGAUGUCCAGAGGAAUGUUUCUGUUUAUGGCAUUAUCGUUCAGAUUCUGCGCAUGUCAAUUGUUCAAAUAGAAAUUUCACGCAGUUCCCAACAUUAAAUAUUACGAAUCACAAAAUCAAACUUGAUUUAGACGGCAACUAUAUCGAAGCUGGCCUUAAUUCUAGUAUGGGAUAUGACAAUGUUACGGAAUUAAUUUUAUCAAAUAAUCGUAUACAUGACUUAAAAUGGAUACCAAUGGGCAUUGAGAAACUCAACUUACAACACAAUAGCCUGACGCACAUUGACUCAGAACUUUUCAAAAUUAUUAAUAGCACAAAGAGUUUAAAGAGAUUGGAAUUGGCUGAUAAUCCUUGGUCAUGUGGAUGCUCUGCUUUUGAUCUGCAACAGUUUAUCCAUAAUCAUCACACCGUAGUAAAUUCAACAGACGUUUUUUGUCAGAAGGAAAAGCAGUAUCUAGUUAAAAAAGCUGACCUGUGUAAAAUAUCUUCAGCUUUCAUUCUGUCAGUAGUAUUCCCGAUUGUAGCCCUCCUGGUUUUAACAAUAGUAACACUUGUAUUAUACAUCUAUUACAGGCAGGAAGUUAAAGUUUGGUUAUAUGCCAAGAAUAUCUGUUUAUGCUGGGUUACUGAAGAAGAGCUUGACGAAGAUAAAGAAUAUGAUGUGUUUUUAAGUUAUGCGCACCAAGACGAAGUAUUUGUCCUCCAGAAUUUACUUCCAGCUCUUGAACCACUCAGAACUUGCAUUCACAUCAGAGAUUGGAAACCCGGUGAGACGAUACUGACAAAUGUUAAUGAUUCCGUUAUGAAUUCUAGAAGAACCUUGGUUGUUCUUUCGAAUAACUUCUUAGACAGCGUUUGGGGCAUACAAGAAUUUAAAACUGCUCAUACUCAAGCUAUUAAGGAAGGUCGUGCUAGAGUGAUCGUAGUGAAAUAUGGCGAACUUGAUAAAAGCAGGUUGGAUGUAGAUAUAGAGACAUAUCUAAAGACCAACACUUACGUAGAAUGGGGAGAACCUUGGUUCUGGAAUAAGUUUAAUUAUGCUUUACCCCAUCGCCGAGAAAAAGGAUGUUGUAAUCCUUUCUGUAAGUCAAAUCAAAAACACGAUAGUAUCAUGUUAAAAAUUGAUGACAAAUUUGAACUUACUAAUCCUCCUGUGAACCACGCAGAAAGUACUCCUCCAGUUGUAACUCUGGACCCGGCCGUACUUAAAAAUCAUCCUUUGAACUUUCAAAAAACUAGUGACUCGCACAUUUCUUCGUCUGAAACUCCAAUAGUUGUUAGUGUGUGAUUGAUAUUUAUCUAGUUUUGUGCCAAUCGAAGAAAUAGUGUAAAUAUAGACUACGACUCAAUGUAAAUAUGUUGUAAAUAUGACGAAAAGUGCUCAUUUAAUUCUCAUCGUAAAAAAAUGUGAACCAUGUACAAAUUUAUUGCAUAAAUAAUAUUAAUCAGCUGACUGUAUACGCUCUGAGCUUCGCUGGUGUUGCUCCUAGCGGAUUACUAAUGCAACUUUCACCGGUAAUUUUUAAAUUUAUUAUUUAAUUGUUAUCGCUUAAUAUUUACAACUCAAAAAGUAAUUAAAUUGUAAUCGAUUUUUUAAAGAUUUUGCUAAUCAUUUUAAAGUUCUAUUAAUGAAUUUCUUACUUCGGAUACUUUCACAAUUAUCGUGUAGAUGGUGCUUAGAUUAAUUUAUAAUUACAUAUAACGAAAUAUUAAAAAAACUUAAAUUCAGUAUUUAAAACGUAAGUAUAUUCAAGGUAAAAAUAUACACCACAGCUUUGACCAACUAAUAUUAUUUCCUAUUAAUGUUUUUAAUUUCAAUGUUUUAAAUUAAUCACUUUGACAUUUAUGUCUAGUUUCCAGUAAAAGCUUACAGACUUGUCACUACUGGCGCUCGCGAAUUUUUAAUUAUCCCCUCUACCUACGAGCUCAUAGCGUAUAUUAGUUAAGUAAAUUGUAUUUUAUUUGCACCAAUUUUACAUUUUUGUUUGUCUGUUUAUACAAACGACCCAUCCUGAAUUUUGUUUGAACUGUGAUAAAUUUUUUAAGCCACUUGAGAAUUUUUCUUUCCGAAAAUUUGUAAACCUUAAAAACAUCACACCUUUGCUUAAAAAUUUCUUUGUAUUCACCAUCAUAUGUUAGUUUAUUUAUGAAGGUACAAAAUGUAAUAUUUUGCGGACGACAGUUCUAUUCUGCAAUAAAUAGAGGUCGACGGUAGUUCUUAGAUUCUUAACUAUUUUAAGUUAGCAAUUGCAAAAUACUGACAUGUUUUGUACACACUAAUAAACAAAUAAAUAAAUGAAUUGAAAAGAGAA